UCAAAUAUUGGGUGCGAGCCAAACUGAACAAGGAUGUAAAACUUGGACAUGGAGAAGACAAAGAAAGAUCGAAACAGUAUGGCUGACCAUGACGAUACCCAGAGUCUCUAUAUGGGAUCAGACUUCCUCGAGGAUGAUAACGUCGGCAUGAGGUUGACUGAAGGACACACGUUCGGUACAACAGUGAACUCCAGUGAUGUUCUAUCAACACUAUCUUUACGUCAGUUAUCAAUUCAAGAUGAUUUAUCUAGCUCCUGUCAAUAUGAUGACGUCACCGAAAGUGACUUUUAUGAAACCUUACAAGAUUCUUCAAGAAAAAACGCCUUGUUAAUGAAAACAUAUAGUCACGUUCCUGUACAAUUGAGCUUCCACGGGGAAUUCUCAGCUGCAUUGACAACAGAUGAUGAACGCUGCUGGCUGUUCGGGGCUGCAGAUCUGACUGACGGUCGUAUUGUUCUUUUGGAUUACAACAACACUAAACUAAAGGUAUUCGACCAAAGCCUGAAACCAGUAGUAGAUAUAACACUGAGCGGAUCAUGUGGAGGUCUCUGUGCCGUGGAUACAGAUCGGGUCGCAGUGACCUGCAAUACUGGAAUUCAGUUCUACAGCAUCAGACAAACCUCCAUCAGGGUGGACCAGUACCUAGAGCUAGGCCAGGAGAGUGAUGGCAUCACUUAUGACACCGCCAUGUUUGCUGUGUCCUGUAGCAUAUUAAAAAUGGCAGCUUCUAUCAAACUUUUAGAUCGACAAGGACAUAUCAAAGCAGACAUCAAAGAAACAAAUGUCAGGAAUGGUGUCAUCUUUUCCUCCAAUUUACUCAUACACUACAUAAAAAAAUGUGUAUAUGUUUCUGACUGGGGAGAAAGGAAAGGGGUUGUAUCCCUUUCCUUUACCGGAACUGUUCUGUGGACAUGCCCUGUUGGUGGGUUGCCACGUGGAUUGUCCCUGAUCAACAGUGGUAUUUUGGUAGUGUCGAACCCGUCACGCCGGGGAAUCCAUCAAGUGAAGACAGAGGACGGUCGCCCCGUACAAACCAUAGACACCGACGAUCUAGGUGUGAUACACGCUUCACUCGUAUUGUACCGCAAAGCGAGUAAGAAUAUCCUCGUCACACAACUUGGUUCCGAUAUCUGUAAGAUACUGGAGUGAAGAAGAAUGAAUCGGCAUUCCAAACUUUUGUGCCCGCAUCAGGUAGACAUUGUCCGGCCUCCUGUUGUGCCAGAACGUAGUUACAGAUGGUAGAAAAAUGACAUACUCAUACAAUGUCAUCUGUGCUGUCUCUUGACCUCCUCCCAAUACCUUCUAUAGAAUUAUACAUGUAAAGUGAUUAUAACUAUAUCCAUGCUGUGAAGCUCUGUUUGCUUAAUGUCUCAUCAAUUCUCCAACAAAAUAAGUGGCCGCAAUUUUUUAUUCAUAUUCUGAAAAAUUUGGAUAAAAACUUCUUUUACUUAUUCUUGAUCUGAAUAACACACAUGAUUUCGAAAAAAUCCAAUUAUUUCUUCGAACAAAUUAAAAUGUCUGUAAAAUAUAAGCAAAGGUGAGCGGAAGAAAAAAACAUCCGCCAAAAUGACAAUAUACUUUAUAUUGUCAUCCGCCACCCAAACAGCAUGGAGAAAGCUAAUAAGUAAUAACUGGAGAAAAUACUGGAAAACUCGCAAAGUUAUGUUACACUGAACAAUCAUGUAAGGAAAACUAAAUAUCCUGUGACUAACAAACACACCACAACACCAUACCGUUCAGAGUGACAUCAAAAUUAACCAGGGGCCCACGCGCCUGCCGAUUACCUAUGUCAACUAUGUUAUUAUUAAAGCCUAAUAGUGUUUGUCAUACAGGGACCCACGCGCCUGUAUCCUUAAUGUUGAUUGGGAUUGUAUAUGGGAACUGAACGGAUGUACUUUUUAAAUGCUUCCGAUUUCCACCUGCUCAAUAAGCGAAUUUGGGCAUCUGUCAUCUCUUUCCGCUGCUAAUGUUGCCCCCCCCCCCAAAUCCUGAAAGAGUGACCUUUAUGCUGGGAGCUAUCUAACUCGCAAAAUCGAAGGCAACGUUUGAUUGUUAAAUCUCAAAGGUAUA